UUACCAUCAUUUGUUUGGUGAUCAGGAAGGAGUUCAAAAAGCCAGCAAAAACGCGAAAUGUUUAUCGGUUAUCUAGCCAAAAGGCAAAUGUUGCUACUGCUACCAGUUCUACUGCUCUGUGCAGUUAAGGGGGCAAGUAUCUCGGUAAAGAAAUACUUCCCGCAGUCCCGCAUUGUGGGUGGUGCCACAGCCAGUGUGGGUCAAUUUCCUCAUCAGGUUUCGUUGAAGUUUCUCAACAGCCACAACUGUGGCGGGUCCAUAAUCUCAUCGACCUACAUUGUGACAGCGGCCCAUUGUAUUGCCCUGGGCAAGCCACCUGUAGAGAUCCCUCCCCAAUAUCUAACUGUUCGGGCCGGCAGCCGUCACGUAGACCGUGGUGGCCAACUGGUACGCGUGGCCGAGGUAAAAAUGCAUCCCCUGUAUGAUGGCAGCGAUAAUGACAUUGCAGUUUUGAGAUUGGCCCAACCCUUGCGUUUUAAUAGCCAAGUCAAAGCCAUAGCAUUGGCCAAAAGAGAUCCUCCCACAGGGGUUCCCAUUCUAACAUCGGGUUGGGGUUUGACCAGGAACGGUGGCAACACCACCACCUAUUUGCAGUACACCACCUUGAUGGCGGUGAAAAAUGAAGAUUGUAAUCGUUUGUCUUACGGAGGGGUACAUGAGGCCAUUUUGUGUUUGGCCCAUAACAUCAACAAUGGGGUGUGCAAGGGAGACUCCGGCGGACCGGCGGUGUAUAAAAAUCAAUUGGUUGGUGUUACGAAUUACAUUGUUGGCGGUUGUGGUUCGUAUAAUCCCGAUGGUUUUGCCAGUGUUGCCUACUACCGGGAUUGGUUGAGAAAUAAUACCAAUAUUGCUUAGGUGGGGUAUAACCGAGCGGAAUAAAAUUAUGAAUAAAGAAAGCUGAAGAAAACAAUAUUUUAAAGGAAUAA